AAAGUUCGGAAAUUCUAGCAGCCAGUUUUGGCAGCCCACUUCACGUAAAUGUCAGCUGGGACCGUGGUUGGGAAGGGACUCUUGAGUCUAGUCUUGACCUUGACUCUUGUGUCUGUCAGUGUCUUGUGUAAUUGACAGUAAUUGUGUUUUGCCUAGUGGUUUUGCGUUUUGGUCUUGCUUUCAAAAACAUUGAUAAAGAAAAAAGUAUAUAUAGUCUAUGUUCAAGUGAAGUGAAAAUUUUGAUGUAUGUGGCAAAGUGGAAACAGGCUCACUGGCAAACUAUAUCAGUGCAUAAUAAUUACUGAUUACUGGAGUGACUCAACAGCAGAAUCCUACACGAUGUUAAGAUCUUCUGUCCAGAAUGAGAUUUUGAGUUAUUUAUCUGAUACUAGACCAAUAACAGCCAUACAAAUAAUAGAGGAUUUAGACAAGUGUCCUAGAGGUUUCUAUGUGAUAAACAAAACCUACGACCAAGAUUCUGACGCUGAUUUAAGAGAAAACUCAAUUUUCAAGAUCAGUUCUGCUAGAUAUCUCUGUUUGUCAAAAACUGAAGGACUACCCAACUUUGUUAUUCAAGAAAUACUAGUGCUUGCUGAUAAAACUAACCCGCCACAAGGGUUCAGUUUGUUGAAUAAGACUGCAGAUAGUGAAGAAAGAGCUUGGAAGAGGAAGCAAAUUUGUUACCGUUUGGUCAAUAAAAACAAUAUAAGAACUGCUGUUACUGAUAUUAUCAUCUGUAGCCGACUGAAGAAGGCACCUGUUGGAUUUUCAUAUGCUGGAGAAUUGAACGGCCUGACGAUUUGCUACAAAAUGGGCAAUGUGCAAGAUUCCCAAGCAGAUCUCAUCCCAGCCGUUACACCACCUGAAAGACCACCCCAGAUACCAAACUCUCUGUCCUCAGGAGCUAAUCCUAUGUACCCAAAUUUAACCGAUUCUGAAAAUGAUUAUGAGAUUCUCCGACCAGGUGGGUUUCAAACAUCACCAGUUGUAGGUCCAAUAGGGAAUGGUGGUCCAUCUAGACCUGCACCAAUGCCACCAGUGCCUGUAACGAAUCCAAAUAUGACACAUACACUUGGAGCAAGCUAUCAGACAAGUUUGGAUGGAGUACCUUUCAUCGUAAAUCCAAAGUUUACGACUUCUAGUAAUUUCGAUGUGUUUCAGUUCCCCAAGAUUAGAGCAAGAACGAUGCAACAACUCUUGAUUGACUACGAUUAUCCAUUCACAGCUGAACGAGAAACCUGAUUAUGGAUAGAAAUAUAAAUAUCAUUCAUUAUAUUCAGGUCAACAAUUGAUAAUAUUAUCAAAUAUGAAGUAUAAGACCGCUUAUUGUAA